AUGGCGAUGAUGACUGGCCGUGUGCUGCUGGUGUGUGCCCUCUGCGUGCUGUGGUGCGGUGCCUGCAGUGGUAGAUUUGGCGGGGAAGAAACGGUGGGUCUUGGGAGUGAUGGACCUCUGCCGAAAUCAACACAGCUUGAAACGUCUCCACUAAUCUCCCAAGACAUAAAAGAUAAUGCGCCAGUUGUUAAAGGAAAUCUACCAUCCGCACUUUCCACACCUAGAGAGGAGAGGGAUGAUGUUGAAGGCGAUGGUGAUGAUGGUGAAGGGACGAAAGAUGAAGGAGAAAAAACAAGAACAGAAAGGCAGGGCAGUGAAGGAGGAACAGCUGCAAUAGUCUUAGAUUCCAGAGAAGAGAUUUUAAGUGGCAAUGAGCAGGAAAACCACCAGUCAAUUGUACCUGCAGAGGGCAUUUCUUCUUCCAACAGUCAGGAAUCAAAUGCCAAUCCUUUGCAAACGGAAGUUGAAGAAAAGAAGGAAACCGACAAAAAUACACCAACAGUAGAGAACACACCCACACCAGUUGAUGGAGAGAACACACUGCCUCCGGGAGUUGCGGAAGGAAAUCGUCCACCACCUCCAGAAGACGGUGUUGAUUCCCGCGAACAGGAUGGCGAAGACACCACGAGUGAAGGUGAAAAAAAUGUUCCUUCGCCUGAGACCGCAGCCACACCACAAGACCACCGAGACGAAGGCUCAGAAGAGACUGGGGAAGGUACAAAAGCAACGACAGUAACCGCCAACACAACUGAUACGACGAAUACACAAAACAGCGACGGCAGCACCGCGGUCUCCCACACCACCUCCCCUCUUUUGCUUCUUCUUGUUGUUGCGUGUGCGGCUGCUGCUGCGGUGGUGGCCGCGUGA